UCCGAUCUGCCUACGCUCUCACCUGACGGUAAUUAAAUUAGCUCGAAGAUUCGCGUCCAUGGCGAACUCCAGCGCCACCAACGGCGAGACCUCGCCGGAGCAAAUCGCCGGAGAGUGGUAUUCGGUGCCUGAGCUACGGCUCCGGGACCAUUGCUUCGCUGUUCCCCUCGAUUAUUCGGCAGAUCGGAACAUUUCGCAGAAGAUCUCCGUCUUCGCCCGCGAAGUCGUUGCGGGUGUGAAAGAAGAGCAACAACUGCCAUACCUGUUGUAUCUACAAGGUGGACCUGGUUUUGAGUCCCCAAGACCCACUGAAUCCAGCGGAUGGCUACACAGAGCAUGUGAAGAAUUUCGUGUGAUCUUGAUGGAUCAGCGUGGGACAGACUUAUCUACUCCAUUGACCGUUUCAUCGAUCUUGCAAAUAAAAUCUGCAGAGAACCUGGCUAAUUAUUUGAUACAUUUUCGGGCAGAUAAUAUUAUAAACGAUGCUGAGUUUAUUCGAGUGCGUCUUGUUCCCGAUGCUGGACCUUGGAUAAUUUUGGGUCAGGUAUUUCAGUUUUCCAUUCGACUGCUCUAGACUUUAGCGGACCAAGCAUUCAGUGACAAGAAUUUUGCUUUCUGAAUUGCUGAAAUGCGCGUGCUUACUCUCGUUCGUUACCAACAAGAUGUAAUCAGUUCUUCAAUUUGUUUCCCUCUGUU